AUGACGACGCUGCUCAACAAUCGCCCAGAUUCGGGUCCCCCGCCGCGGCAGAUUCGCUUUGUUCAUAACCAGGGCCAGCCGCCGUCCAAGCGACGCAGGAUCAAUGCAGCAUGCUUGACCUGUCGGAGGCGAAAGACGAGAUGCGCCGGCGAACGACCACUAUGCUCGACAUGUACUAAGAAUGGCCAUCGGUGCCUGGGCUAUCCGGAGGACAGAAGAGAUGGCCUUGAGGCCUCGGGGCUGAGGCCGGGCGAGGAAGAUGGAGCGGCGAUGGAGGAUUUCAACCAGGGAGAAGACGACAUUGCUGUGACCAGGAAACACCCUCCUGUGUCUGUUUCCGCCUCUGCUUCACGGCCACGCAACAUUGAACCAAGCAUUGAACUCGGCGCCGAAGCCAACCCCAGCGACGCUGAGCCGCAGCAAUCCCCCAUAUUGCAUCACCAUCAUCAGCACCAUCAUCACCCGCACCAUCAUCAGGCUCAUCCUUCAGUUACGUCUGAUGACUUACCUAGCUCCCCCACCCUGCGCCGAUCUGCCCCCAGCCGUCGUAUUCCCUAUUUCCGCUAUUUCGGUUCCACAGCCAUUGUCCCAGGCUUCAAGCAGAUGGUCGUUUCCGUUCGCGACCGCCGUCGUUCCACCGGAGGCUCACAUUCCGGCGCCUCUCUUCAGUCUACUCCCAGCGGUGCGAUAGCCAGUGGCUCGGCCGUCGACAGCGACAUCGUCCGCGAAGACAUUCCGUCGUACGACCCCAACAGUUCCGCCCCCGUCCAUUCCCUAAUCAUUCAUCUGGUCACGGCAUUCUUCAUCCAUGUGGGAUGCAACUACCCCUUUCUCAGUAAAGAAAAAUUUCUGCGCCAUGUCAAGGACAAGCGUGUCGAGCCAAUCCUGGUAGAUGCCGUCUGUGCCAUUGCGGCGCGCUUCUCAGAUCAUCAUGUCCUGACCGGUGGUAAUGACAAAAUGCCCCGCACAGAAAGGGGUCAAGUCUUUGCGCAGAGGGCCAGGCAGGCCACUGUCGAUACCUUUCCUUGUCCUUCUGUGGGCGCAGUUCAGGCCUGUCUGCUCAUGGCGUAUGAAGGCUUUGGAGCCAACCAAGACAGCGCGUUGUGGAUGUACUUGGGCUUGGCCAUACGUAUGGCACUCGAUCUCGGCCUUCAAAAAUGCGUUGGAAUCCAAUAUCAAGGCGAAAAGGACCCAUUUUACACCCGGCAUCGAAGUCACAUCAAUGACGAAGACCAUGACAGUCCAGAAGCGCACAAGGUUGACGGCAUCAAUUUCAUCACCCCAGAGGAGCAGAAGGAGAUAGAGCAAGAGCGCAUUGAUACCUUUUGGUCUGUCUUUAUCCUUGAUCGGUUCAUCUCCUCCGGCACUGGACGGCCUGUGACCAUCCGGGAUGGCGAUUACGAGCUCGCCUUUCCAGAGUCAAACAAUGACUUGGCUACCGGUUGGCCUAACCCGUUUCCCGUCUUUCUCAAAAUAAUCAACCUUUACGGUCAAGUGUGUGAUGUGUUGAACAACCUUCGCGAUGCCCAAGACCUCACACAGGACAAGUGGGAUCAACUCACUGAGAUGGAGCACAGGCUCACACGAAUGUACAAGCAUUGGGAUCCACGUCUUCAGUUCAAUGUCAGCAACUUCAAGACGUAUCUCAGCAUGGGCCAGGGUACCAACUUCAUCCUCCUCCAUUUUUGGUUUCAUGCGCUCUUCAUCAUUUUGCACCAACCGACCCUACUCACCCCCUUUUGCGAACUGAGGAGCGAGCUUCAACUGCUCUCGGAUAGCCGUGAGCUGAGCAUGAGCAGCGCCAAAACGAUUUGCGACAUCUUGUCUUUUGCCGAUUUGAUUGAUCCAAAGAGCUUCAUCGGCAAUCCCUUCACUAGCCAGCCCAUCUACAUUGCAGCAUGUGCUUUUUUAAUGGAAUCCAGUGCCUCCAAUGCGUCUGAGGGCUCGUCUAGAGAGGGAUCACCUCCCACAUACGCGAACCGCUACAAGCCACAAACAAAGCCAAACAACAAACAGUCACGGCAUUCGCUUCUUGCGUCGGCCGCGAACCAAAACUAUCAACGAUGUUAUAGCUCCAUACAACAGAUCCAGGCAUACUGGGGUGGUGUAACAUACAUUCUUACCGUCCUGGACCAGAAGUCAAAAGGCAAGUGGGACUGUGAGACUUAUACUGUAGAAGAGUACGAGAGCACCAAAGCGCCUCCUCCCAGGCCAUCUAUCGGUGAGCAGCUCUCUCGAUUCGAGAAGCAAUCAUCGCCAAAGAUUGCUGGCCCGCCCAUUGCGUGGAGUCUAUCUGGAACGGCCAACUCGCCGAAUUCGAGCUUGACGCUCAUGUAUCAAGCUUUUAACGCCAGUGAGAUGCCCUCAACUGGCUUCACUUCGCAUGCGCAGCCCAUAGCUAGACCAUCUAGUGGUUCACCGGGAAGCAUGGCGUAUGAUCCCAUGAGACAGACGAUACCAGAAGUGGCAGGCAUGUUUUCGCCCCCCGUUUCACAGCCAAACAUGCCUGCAAUCAGGAACUCUCCCCGACGACCGUAUGCUACCAACCCGAUGAGCACUUCCGGCGCAAACUCACGCAAUCAAACAAUAAUGAGCUUUGAGGGCAUCCCAGAGGAGUCUACGGAAGCAAAGCCACUGAUCCCUCCUGGUUAUGCAGCCCCAGGCCAAGGAUCUGGGGGAUUUGAUGCCUACAGUGUAUCACCUACCAGUGGCUCCAACUCCCACAGCAUGGUGAGCUCUACAGUUGUAACCAGUGCUUCUGGGGGAAAUGCGCAUGCCAACAUGUAUUUUGCACAAAACAUGCCAUACCAGGCGACGUGGGGCCCCAUCAUGGGGAACAUGGAUGCCAUUACGUUUGACAGCCAGGACAUUGACAUUGAGGCUCUCGGACUGCAGCAGCCAGAUCUCAUGGGAGGAUGGCUCGAGUACAUUCCUAACGAUGUGUUGGGGUUGUUUGACGAGAACCAAGAAUCUGGACAGGGCGGUCAUUAG